UCAUAACUCUACAGACAGCAUUUCCUUCACAAGUGCAUCGUCUGCCGACGACAGUCCGACCUAUUUAUUUCAAGCAUUAUUUAAUUUCGUUCUGAAGGAUUACAUACGAAUUAAUCACAUUAGGAGUUACGGCGCCAAAAAUUGACUUUGUCUCUCAGAAAUGAUGGAAAUUGAACUGCCUAAAAUGCAUCCAAGCCAACAGGAUAUGGAGCUGAUAGAUAUCCUGUGGAGACAGGACGUGGACCUGGGAGCAGGGAGGGAGGUGUUUGACCUCAGCUACAGACAGAAGGAGGUAGAAUUGCGUCGACAGCGUGAGCAGGAGGAGGAGAAGCAGCAGCAGCAUUUGCGGGAACAGGAGAAAGCUCUGCUUGCCCAACUCCAGCUGGAUGAGGAGACUGGGGAGUUUGUGCCGUGGACUGCACCGGCUGCUAGUGCUCUGACACAUGCGAACAAGACAAAUACCGAAAUCACACAGAAUGGGGCAUUCGCUGAGGAGGGAGACGCCAUGUCAUUUGAUGAGUGCAUGCAGCUCCUAGCUGAGACUUUUCCCCUGGAUGAGCCAGCAGAGCCAGCUCCGCCUUGCCUGGAUCCCUCGAUUCUCCCUUCCACAGAGCUUAUGAUGCCCCCAGACAUGACCAGCUUUAACCAGAAUCCUUUGUUACCAGGCUCUCUGGAUCAAGCCUGGAUGGAGUUGCUCUCACUCCCAGAGUUGCGGCAGUGUUUGAGCAUGCAGAUGCAGGACACAAUGAAUAUGGAUGGAUUUAUGAAUACAAGCCAAUCUUUAGAAGCACAGGACCCAAACUACAGCCAAUACCUGCCUGGGAUAGACCAUCUCUCCUCCACCCAAACAGAGGUGUGUCCUCCUGAAUACAUCAACACCUAUGAUGGAUCCUUCAACACUAUGGUUUCACCCAACCUCAGUCAGAUGAGCCUGAAUGGCCCGGAAGUGAGCUCCGAUGAAUUUUGUAAUAUGUUUCAUCCUGAAAUGGAAGUUAAAGUGAACAGCGGCUCUGUGACCUUUGAUGGAGGAAAUAUGGUCAGCCAACACUCUGAGAUUCCCAGCGAUCCUCCUGUAAACCCCAUGGAUCUUCAAAGCUUCUCUCCUGCAAACUUCGACUUGGAAAAACCAGAACUUAUGGCAGAAUUCCUGGAUUCUGAUUCUGGGUUGUCUCUGGAUGCCAGUCCUCAUAUGAGUUCUCCAGGAAAGUCUUUGCAUGGAGAUGGAUCCUACAGUUUUAGUGACUCCGACUCCGAAGAUAUGGACGGUAGUCCAGGAAGUGCAGAAUCAGAUUAUUCCGAGAUAUUCCCGCUGGUUUACAACUGCGAUGGUGCUCAGCUUUCUCUCUCAGAUAAAUCCAUGGUAGAACCGCAGGAGAUGAAAGUGAAGAACCCAAAGAUAAAGCCGGCAGAGGGCAGUGGCUACUCCAAACCUCCUUUCACCAAAGACAAACAGAAGAAACGCUCUGAGGCCAGGCUCUCCCGUGACGAACAGAGAGCAAAAGCCUUGCAGAUCCCCUUCACUGUAGAUACGAUCAUCAAUCUUCCUGUAGAUGACUUCAACGAGAUGAUGUCCAAACAACAGCUCAAUGAAGCUCAACUCUCCCUCAUCAGAGACAUCCGCCGUCGAGGCAAGAACAAGGUCGCUGCGCAGAACUGCCGCAAGAGGAAGUUGGAGAACAUCGUGGGCCUUGAGUAUGAGCUAGACUCGCUGGAGGAGGAGAAGGAACGCCUGAUGAAUGAGAAAAGUGAACGUAGUACCGGUCUGAGAGAGAUGAAGCAACAGUUGAAUACUCUGUACCAAGAGGUCUUCAGUAUGCUUCGAGACGAGCAGGGCAGGCCUUUCUCACCCAAUGAAUACUCCCUUCAGCAUACCGCCGACGGCACAGUUUUCCUCGUUCCUCGCCUUAAAAAGACUCCGGUUAAGAAUGACUAGAUCUGUUCCUUCUUGUCUCCCCUUCCAUUCUUGCUUCUAUUUUUUGGUAGUGCAUUUCUCUUGCUAACACCUUGUCCUAAUUAGGCGCAACGUUAUAGCAAUAAGUGAUAUAAGCUAUCUUUGUCCUAACCACAAAAGUGCAAUAGAACGGCACUUGAUUUCGCACUUUCUAAUUGGAAACUCUGUACACCUUUAGAAAAAAUGCAAUUCAACAUCAUUUGUCAACUUGGUUCCAGUUUUGUUUACUCGCAUGUAAUUUUCCAAUCAUCUAGCAAUGGAAUAUCUUUAUGGUUGAAGAUCAAAGGCGUGCAAAGUCUUGCACAUUCGGCUUGAAAUGGAACACAGUGUAAACUUUGAAUAUGUUCUGAUUGGCUGCAAAUUUCACAUUGCGCAGCUUCGCAUAUAGUGCAUCACGCCUGGUUAGGACAUGGUGCAAGUUUUAUGAAAAAUAAAUACUAAAUAGGAGUGUAUUUUGCUUAUGUACAUCAAAUAUUGAAAUAGCAGAAUGAAUAUAUAAGUUUAUCAUAUUCUGCUUUCCUAAUAUUUUUAAUAUGUGUUUGAUUUUGUACUCCUUUAUAUUUUCUCUGAGAUUCUUUUGCCUACCUGGUUUGUAAAUAAAUGUAUACCUUAUUUGCUAUUGAGAUGGACAAAUGUACUGUAUAUAAAAAUAGAUUCUACAUUCUUGUAUGCUAAUAAUGGUUGAGAUCCUUUUAAGUCUGCACUUAAGUCAGUUUUAUAUCUUAAUUUACAAUUAUAUUGCUAUUUUAUCUCUGGACUUUAUGGCUUUAUGAUAAAUAAAUAAA